AUGUCUGCUCUGAACCAUAUCGAUCGGCACGACAAGGAUGACAAAGCCGCCCAUUUCAUCGAAGAUGCACUGAAUGAGAUAUUUACGCCAGAAGAAGAGGAGACAAAAGAAGUUUGGGAAGAGCAUCUCAAUGGCGAGGGGUUAUGUCCAGAAGCAUGGUUGGGUCUAUUGCUUGUCCGGCUGACUCACCUCCAAACAAUUGAGUUUGGGCAUGAACAUUCCGAUUUGAUGUCUGAUAUUCUACUCAAGGCAGCAAACCGCCAGCAGCCCUUCCACCAGGGGACGCCAUUUCCUCUCUUGCAAGAUGUUCGAGCAUGUGUUGGCUGGGGAGCUUCAUGGAUCGACUCCGGCUUUUUAAUGCCUUUCUUUUAUUUCCCUACCGUUCGUAGGAUCUACGGAACCGCGAUAGGCGAGACAAAAGAUGACGAAAACACAUGUCUUGCAAAUCAUCAGCCUUCAUGUCCUGUGCAGGAAAUUACUGUGGAAGAGGGCUACUGGUGUCGAGGCAUGCUUGACUGGCUCGCAGUGUGUACGAAUCUUCAGCAUAUCUCCAUCACGGUGGAGAUACAAGCAGACGAAUAUGAGCUUGAUGAGAAGGACCAAUUUGAUGCUCCGCAGUUUCGGGUGGCUCUUCUUCCAUUUACCAAGACUCUCAAGACUCUGUGUAUCGAGUAUGGAGAUAACUACAGAGACCAAGUGGUGGAUGAAAAGGAUGUCCACGAAUCUUCCUUCGGAUCCUUUAAAGACUUUACUGUUCUGGAAAAUCUCACAGUCCGACAUGAUCACUUAAUGGGACUUUCUGAUGACUCGAGUCAUGAUUGGGAUAUGAAACCGCUUGCUGAAAGCUUGCCUCACUCCCUCGUGAGUCUAAAAAUCAUCGACAUAGUGGUUGAUUGUCAUCUUGAGUUAUUAUCCGAGCUUUCCCAACUUUUGCGCCAUGUGCACACUUUUCCUAAGCUUGAACGAUUAGUGCUCUGCAUUCUGAGCGAAGAUGAAGAGGAAAUUAGUGAUGUGUUCGAUAUUCUGAGGGUCGAAUGUCAGGGUGCCGGUGUCUCCUUGAUGAUUGAGUAG